GAAUGACAGCAGCGCGGUUCCUCAGAAACGAGAUCCUAGUGUCCUCAACAAUCAGCUUAUACAGACAGAUUGCUUGUGUUACGGAAUCGUAAUCAAAAAAAUUACAGAAGAUAUUGAAGAAUUUGUGGAAAGUUGGAGGGAAAAUCCUCCCCAGGAGAACAUCCGUUCCUGGGGCACAUCUUUUAGUUAUGAACCACCCUGUUUGACUCGAACUAAUGCAUUUUUGCAGAGGACAUACUCAUUAUGCAGCGUAUUGCUUUGGUCCCCCUUUAAAGACUGUCAUGAAUUUGUGAGCCCAUUUCCUUUCAUGGCCAGUUGCACAAAUGAUUUAUGUAUGUCAGGCAUUGAUAAUACCACUUGGUGUCAUGCAUUAACCGAAUACGCAAGGACUUGUGCUCAAGCAGGAAGACCACUCCACGAAUGGCGGGCUAAUUUUGAGCAAUGUGUUGUUAAAUGUGAGGAGCAUCUUGUCUACAAUGAAUGCAUUGAUUGUUGCCCAUUUUCCUGUCGCCAGAAAACUCACUGUGUUGAUAGUGAACUUCCCUGUGUUGAUGGAUGCUAUUGUCCAGAUGGCCUUAUUUAUGAAGACAGAUUAUGUGUGAGGCCAACUGACUGUCCUUGUGAUUACCAUGGAACUAUCCACAGAACUGGUACAGUUGUUCAAGAGGAAUGCAAUAACUGUACAUGUUCUGGAGGAAGAUGGAUUUGCACUAAUCUUACCUGUCCAGCUCAGUGCUCAGUUUCAGGAGAUAUUCACUUCAUGACAUUUGAUGGGCGCAAGUUUACUUUUCAAGCACCCUGCCAGUAUAUCUUGGCAAAAAGUCGUGUCUCUGACAAAUUUGCUGUGACUCUACAAAAUGCUCCUUGUGGACAGAAUCACGAUGGAACAUGUAUCCGAUCAAUCAGUCUUAUUUUCAGUCAAGAUUUUAGGAGGCAAGUAACUCUGACCCAUUCAGGAGAUGUUUUGGUACAUGAUCAAUAUAAAGUUAAUCUUCCAUACAUUGAUGAUUCCUUUGAAAUUAGGAAACUUUCCUCUGUAUUUUUACAAAUUAAAUCAUACAUUGGAUUAGAAAUACUUUACGACUGGAAAGGUUUAAGACUCUAUCUUGAAGCUGAUGCUCAAUGGAAAGAUGACACCAUUGGCCUCUGUGGAACUUUCAAUGGAAAUACUCAGGAUGAUUUUUUAUCUCCAGUUGGAGUGCCAGAAACCACACCUCAGCUUUUUGGAAAUUCCUGGAAAACAUCAUCAUCCUGUAGUCCUGGGUAUGACAGCUCAUCAAUAGAUCCAUGUGAUGUUCAUUUACAAGCAGCUGCUUAUGCAACAGAAGCUUGCAGCAUCAUUACCAGAGACCUCUUUGCCCCAUGCUAUACCUAUCUGAGUCCUCUCCCCUAUUUUGAACAGUGUAGAAGAGACACCUGCAAAUGUGGGCAGAUCUGUAUGUGUUCCGCUCUCUCCCAUUAUGCCCAUAUGUGUGUGCAUUUGGCUUGUAACAUGAGAAGUUUUCUUCUUCUCAUUUGAGCAGCUCUUUCAUGUGAAGAUACAAAGGAAUACAGUACUUGUGUAUCUACCUGUGGUAGGAGCUGCCGAGCAUUCUCCGUGCCAGAGGCAUGCGAUGGUUAUUGUGUCGAAGGCUGCACCUGCCCCUCUGGAAUGUAUCUGAACAUCAAAACUGACAGAUGUGUGCCACAAAAUGAAUGCCCUUGCUAUUUUCAUGGUAUUGACUAUCCCCCUGGAGAAAAUAUAAUCACAUCUUUUGGAAAGUGCCACUGCAGAAAUGGGAUGAUGAACUGUGAAGACAACACUGAUCAUGAUUGCCCAGAAGACCAAAUCUAUGUUAACUGUAGCCAUCCACCAACUAUGGAACUUGGCAGGGAGAGAACCUGUGAAAAUCAACUGCUAAAUAUUUCUGUGUCUACACAGCUUUCAUGCUUUUCAGGAUGCAUGUGUCCCACUGGGCUUUUUAAAUACGGCGAUAUGUGCUUCAAGCCAAAUGAGUGCCCAUGUUCUUGGAAAGGCAAAGAAUAUUUUCCUGGGGACAAAGUAAUUUCUUCUUGUCAUACCUGCAUCUGUAGUCAUGGCUCAUUUAAAUGCAAUUUCCAUCCAUGCCCAUCAAUGUGUACUGCAUAUGGAGAUCGCCAUUAUAGAACUUUUGAUGGCCUGUCUUUUGAUUAUGUUGGAAACUGUAAGGUUUACCUGGCUAAGAGUUCCUCAAUUACUAGUUUCUCAGUCAUCAUAGAAAAUGUCAACUGCUUUAACAUUGGAAUCGUUUGCAGAAAGUAUGUUUCCAUUAAUGUAGGAAAAUCGUUCAUAAUAUUUGAUGAUGACACUGGAGAUCCGAGUCAUCUGAGUUACAUAGACAAACUGCAGCAAGUGUAUAUAUGGAAGGCUGGGUUUUUCACCAUUGUUCAUUUUCCUAAUGAACACAUCACAGUAAUGUGGGAUCAAAGAACAACUGUUCAUGUGGAGACAGGGCCUCAGUGGCAGGGUGAGCUGACUGGAUUAUGUGGAAAUUUUGACUCCAAAACAAUAAAUGAAAUGAGAACUCCAGAAAAUUUUGAGUUAACAAAUGCACAAGAAUUUGGGAGCAGUUGGGCAGCUAUUGAGUGUGUUGACAGCUCUGAUAUUCGGCAUCCCUGCAUUUUAAACCCACUCAGAGAAGCAUUUGCAAAGAAAGAAUGUGGAAUACUAUUAAGUGAAAUAUUUGAGUCAUGCCAUCCAGUGGUUGAUGUCACUUGGUUUUAUUCAAACUGUUUGAUUGACACAUGUGGUUGUAACCAGGGAGGGGAUUGUGAAUGUUUCUGUACAAGUGUUUCAGCCUAUGCUCAUCAGUGUUGUCAACAAGGAGUUACAGUAGACUGGAGAUCUCCUAGACUAUGUCCAUAUGAUUGUGAAUAUAUCAAUAAAGUUCUGGGAAAAGGUCCCUACAAAUUGGUUAGCUAUUUGGAUGGAAAAACUAUAAUUGCAGCAAAACUGCAGGAUGGUUCUGUUUUCCCAGCAAGAGAAGAUGACUUAGCUUCGGGGGAUGCUUUAACCUUCAUGCUAACAUCACCACUGUAUAAGCCCAAAGCACAUGACCCACACCUGGUUUCACUGGAAGCAGCUGACAGACCAAAUUAUUUUCUUUAUUUAGCUUCUAAUAAUACCCUUGUUCUUUCCAAGUGGGAAAGAAAUGAACAUUUUCAGAACAGAUCAACAUUUGCCAUCCACAAAAACACAUGGUUCUCAGGAUAUAGUUCUUUUGAAUCAUUUGCCAUACCAGGAUUAUUCAUCUACAUUUCAGCUUCCUCUGUGACUGUUGUUAAAUUUCAUCAUUCUGAGGCAUUCAGACUCUCUACACUUUUUAAACUUGUAGAUAGCAAAUUUAAAUUUUUAUCCCGCUCAACCUGUGAAUGGCGCUAUGAUGCUUGUUCAAGUCCUUGUUUCAAGACAUGCAGAGAUCCUUUGGCAAAACAUUGUCAGACUGUUCCAAAAGUGGAAGGAUGUGUUCCUAUGUGUCCUUUGAAUAUGGUGCUGGAUGAACUCACUCAAAGAUGUGUUUAUUUUGAAGACUGCAUUGAACCAACAACUGAAGUUCAAAUUCUACCAUCUACUUUAAAGACACAUACAGUGUUUGGGGCUCUUCAAUCUUCCGCAGCAGUUCUGAGUAAAGAAAUAGCUUUUUCUGUGACCCCAGCAUCAAAACUUAGAGAAACAACACCUGCAUCCAAGCAGCAAUUCAGUUCAACCAUUGAAAAAGCUAAACUUUCAACAUUUUCAUUGCCAAAUAUUACUUUAGCUACAUUAGCUCUUUCAGUUCAAUCAACUUUUGAUACAAGUGCAUUGCCAGGAUUUUCACACCUGCUAACUGAAUUUAGCCCCGUAUCUGUAGUUCCUCCUUCAGCAACUGAUGUAGUUAUUGACACUUUGCAGACAAGCAGUAUGACAAGCUUUUCAAUCCCCUCAACAUCUACAAUUACUGAAGCAGAAAGUAAAUUAACAGCUACUCCAACUUCCAUUGUGACUCCAUCAAUUAUUACAGAAGACAAAUCAUUAGACGCGUCUAGAUUAGUUUCACAAAUAAAAGUAAUAACUGCUCAGAGUUCCCCUACAGAGGACAUAGAAAGAAAGCUUCAGAACAUUACAGAAAGCCAAACUUUAUCUAUAAUAGCAACAAAACCAGAGCAUACAAGUCAAUUUUUUACCAAAUCAACAUUGACAUCUUCGGAAAUAUCUUCCCCUUUGCCAACAUCAAGGCAAACAACAAGCAGCACUAAGUCAAGAGUAAUCCACUCAACUUCAACAAUCACCAAUGUUACUGAAACUUCAUUUGCUCCUUUAUUUACUACUUUAGUAGCUGAAAAACCAGUUCUAAAGCCAGGUUCUUCAGAAACAUCAAAGACAACUGUUGUUUUAAUUAAAGAACAGCUUAAAAGUACUAUUAUUCCAAUAACUCCAGUACCAACACAGCUUCCCCACACGUUCCUGACAUAUCCAAGUGUUUUAGUUUCUACUACUAAGAAGGAAGUGCCACAAACAUCAAAUGUUACAUAUCAAACAAGUUCAUAUUUUUCUUUGUAUACACCUAUAUUCUCAAAACCUCAAAUUUUUACUUCUAAACUUCCCAGAAAAACUGAUUUAUCUUCUACUACAAUAGUUUCCAAAAAAUAUUUACAAACAGAGCAGCCACUGUUUAUAGUGCCAAGCAUUACAGAGCCUGCAACUGCUUCAUCUGAUAGAGUUACAUCUUUGUCUACAAUAGUAACCUCUAAAACCUCAACUUCAUCUGAAUCAUCAAUUCCAAUCUCCCAGAAAAUAUCUACAGAACACAAAAUACCUUUGCUCCUGAAAACUACAAAGACAAGUGUUCCAGAUUCUGGUGGUGUAACAAAAUCAAAAACAGAAUCUGCACUUAUAACAGAAGUCAUAGCCACAGUUGUCCCAGGUCCAUUGGUCACUAAAAAGGUAGAAUCAGUUGGAACAACUGAAUAUCCAUUUAUUCAGCAUGCUGUUACUGAUAUGGAAAAAGCAACAGAAUAUCUUAGUAAAAAAGAAUUGGAAAAAACUACCAGGUUAUACACAAGAAAACCAUCUAUUUCUCACCUUCCAAUAUCCCUUUCUACAAUUAUAACGUCAAAGAUAGACACUGCCCUUGUUCCUUUAUCACCUGAAAUUCAGGUUCCUGUGGCUGCAGCUAUUCACCCAGUUACUUCAAAGACCACCUACAGGACAGUACCACCAAGCACAAUAGUUUUAAGUUCAACUCCAGAAUUGACAGUAAAAGAAUCUAGGGUUACUUUAUCUCCAUAUACUAAACUUAGCAGCAGGUCACCAACUGAAGUAGCAUCCAUCAAAGAAAUAUCAACCUUGUUUUCUUCAGCUACUCUUUCUGUAACAACAUUUCCUCCUAUAAUCUCUCUAGUGAACAAAACAUCUUUGUUUACUUCAGCACAAAAUAUAACUAUAGUACCAACCACUGCAAAACCAUCAGUUGAGCCAACAAAGUCAUCUGUAACUUCCAGGUUUGCUACCUCCUCUGUUUAUACUUCUGCAACAGAAAGCAUUUCUACCCAAGUAAGAGACAAAUCUGUUCUUCCAUAUUUGAUAACACAAACACCAGGGAAGCAUGAGUCUUUGCUGGCUUCUAAAGCGUAUUUAACCACAAAAGGAACUUCUAUAGCAUAUCAGUUUCCAGUUGAACAAACUGGUAUUUAUUCCCAAAGUACUUUAAGUACAACAGAGUCAGUCAAAAUAGCAGUGCCUUCUGUCUUCCAAAGCACUUCACAUCCAUUUGUUACCCCUUCAGUUGCUUCACAUACUUCUUCAUUUUCACCCAAAAUCCCACUUGUAAGUGAUAAAGAAACUACCCAGCAAAUAAUAGAGUCCUUUUCUACCGAAAAGUUAAGGACUCAUUUACCCACCACAGAGCAAGCAUUAAGUCCUUCUCAGUUAUCUGCAGAAUCCACCACUUUGUUUCAUGUAUCAAAAUCAACAUCACCUUCACUAUUUAUAUUGGAAGCACCAGAAACUUCAGUUGUGAGCCAAACAGAUUCACAAGAAAGGGUAUUUUUAACACCUGUAUCAACAGCUUUCACAUUUGUGAAGACCGGUGCUACAGAGAAGACAUUAACUUUGUCUAAGCAAAUUCCACUUUCUGCUAUUUCUUCUAGCUCAGCGUCCAUAGGACUAAGCAGUCUCACAACUAAGAGUGUCACAAAAACAUUAGAAAAAACAGCAGGAACAAAAGAAUCUAUCACAUCUUUAUUUUCAGUACUUUCUGAUAUUUCAGAAACAAAGAGCAGACCUUCCAAAAUACUAGAAACUGAUGGAGAAAUAUUGGCUACAAAGCUUACUCUAUCACCUUCAAUUAGCAAACAUUCACCAACGUCCCCUGCUCCACUUAGUUCUACUAAUGAAACUGUAGUACCCAAGUCCCCAUCUGUGAAGGAGGCAACAAUAGCACCAACAAGCUCUUUGCCAAUACUAACAAUUCAUCCAAAUGCUACAAGAGCUACAGCCGCUCCUAUCUAUUCAUCAACCAAACCAGUAUAUGAUUCUGGCACAAUAUACGCUGCAAAUUUUACUACUGUUGAAACUAUGUCGGGUGCUUCAGCAUCAGCUUUCAUAUCACCUGGAGAGAUAGCAACUCAGCCAACAUGUAUACCUGUCACAGAAAAUGACUGCAUAAAACAUAUUUGCUUAGAUGGACAAUUAAUUCAAGUUAACCAAUCACAGUACUGCCCAUACAGUGCAACACAAACCAGCUGUGGAUUUCUCGGAUUUGCUGUUCAGAUUAAUGGCGACAAAUGCUGCCCCAAAUGGGAAUGUGCAUGUCGAUGCACUUUCUUCUCUGAUCUGAGCUUUAUCACCUUUGAUGGACAUCAUAUGGCUUUAUUUAAAGAAGCAUCUUAUAUAAUCAGCCAAACGCAAGAUGAAGUUAUAAGCAUUCAUGUUGUUGAUGACAGAAAUACUAAUAUGGGGAACGUAACCUACUUCAAGCUAAGUCUGGCAAUGCUGAAUUUAACAUAUCUAUCUAACCAGAUUAUCAUUGAUCGCUUAAGUAGAAAGAUAGUGGUCAAUUCAAAAUAUGCUUGGCCUACUGUUAAAAAAUAUGAUUUUAAAAUUGAGGACACUGGCUUUAUGUAUCUUAUUAAAACCCCAACAAAUACUAAAGUUCAGUGGUUCCAUAAUACUGGGAUGAUGAUAAUUGAACAUAAUGCAACCAGCGAUCAAAAAACAAUGGGAUUGUGUGGUUUCUGUGAUGGAAUUUCAACAAAUGACCUCAUGUUACCUAAUAAUACAGUUGUAAGAACUGCAGCUGCUUCAGUUAUCUUCACAGAUAGCUGGUUGGUGCCAAAUACAUUGAAGUAUAUUGGAGAACCAAGAACCCAUGAAGCUAAUUGUUCAACCAUGAAUUGUUCAUUUUGCUUAAAUAUGUUGUUGAGCCAAACAUUCAGCAGCUGCCAUUCUUAUGUUUCUCCAGCUUCUUUUUGUGAUUUAUGGAUCCAAGACACUGGAUAUAUUCAGGAUCCAUGUUUAGCACUGUCUGCUUAUGUCGCCAUGUGUAAUAAAUUUAAUAUCUGCAUAGAAUGGAGGAAUUCUAGUUACUGUCCCUUUCCUUGUCCAGAAGGUUUCUCUUAUAAGGCUUGUAUCCAUCCAUGCAAUACCCCAAGUACUUGUCAGAGUACAGAGUCAACAGCAGAAGAUUCAGACUCUUGCUUGGUGCUCACUGAGGGCUGCACCUGUGCAGAAGGAACCAUCCUUCAUAGAAUUCAUUCUGCUCUCUGCAUCCCGGAAGAGAAGUGUGCCUGUACAGAUCAUUCUGGAGUGCCUCAUGCAGUAGGUGAAAUUUGGAAAAGUUCCAGUAGUGAUUGCUGCAUGCACAAAUGUGUGGAGAGUGAUACCAUUGCUGCUGUGGAAUACAACUGCUCUGUUAAUUAUGAUGUCAGAUGUCAACGCUUUGGGGAAGUGGCUUUAAUUGUCCCUGAUGAUCAGUCCUGUUGUCAUCAGAAAGUCUGCACUUGCAAUCAAAGCCUUUGUGACACCCUGGUUCCUGAAUGCAAAGUCUUAGAGAAACUGGUGACCUAUUAUCAAGAUAACUCCUGCUGUCCAAAUUAUACAUGUGAAUGUGAUCCAGAAAAAUGUAAAUCUAUGGAACCAAUUCCCCAUUGUCGAUCAGAUCAAACUUUGGUUGCUGCCCAUGUGGAAGGCACCUGCUGCUUCUCUUAUAUUUGUUCCUGUAGCAUUUGUUCUGAUCAAAUUCCCAUCUGUCAAGAAGGAGAAAGGCUCACUGUGAAUGGCAAUACUACUGACAGAUGUUGCCCUGAUUAUCAGUGUGUCUGUGAAACCUUUCGUUGUCCUGAAUUUAAAUGUAUGUUGGGAAUGUCCCUGAUACAAGUUUGGAGUCCAGAAAAAUGUUGUCCAUAUCGUAGAUGUGAGUGUGCAUGUAAUACAAUUCCAAAGCCUCAGUGUAAACUGGGAGAGAAAAUGGUCUUAGAUGAAAAAUUCCAGAACAGCACAGAAAAUGUUUGUCACUGCACUAAAUAUAAAUGUUCAAAAGACAAAGUAUGUCUGAACAAUGAAAGAGGCGUUCUGCUUCCAGGACAAUCCAUUGUUGAACACUCAUCUGGUGGCAUUUGUCACACUUCAUACUGCACAAAUAUACUUGACCCUGUUACCAAGUUCUAUCGGAUGAAUACCUCCAUUAUUGAUUGUGCAGCAAGGUGCAAAUCUCAUCAAGUAUAUGAACAUCCAAAGGAUCUAACAACUUGCUGUGGAAAAUGCAAGAAUGUGUCUUGUGUUCACACAUUCACCAAUGGAACAAUUUCAUACUUUAAGCCUGGGUCAAGUUGGAUCUUAAACUGUCUCAAAUAUGAUUGCAUAAAUACACCAGUUGGAUCAGUUCUAAUUACAUCACCCAUAAGCUGUCCACCUUUUAAUGAAACAGAAUGUGUGAAGAUUGGAGGAUACAUUGUCCCAUUCCUUGAAGGAUGCUGCAAGACAUGCAAAGAAGAUGGAAAAUUCUGUAAAAAAGUGACUGUUAGAAUGACAAUACGCAAAAAUGAUUGUCGAAGUAAUACACCGGUAAAUAUUGUUUCCUGCGAUGGAAAAUGUCCUUCUGCAAGCAUAUAUAAUUAUAACAUUAAUACAUAUGCAAGAUUCUGCAAAUGUUGCAGAGAACUGGGACUACAAAGGCGAACUGUACAACUAUAUUGCAGUGGUAACUCAACCUGGGUCAGCUAUACAAUUCAGGAACCCACAGACUGUUCUUGCCAAUGGUCAUGAAGCAAUGCUAAAAGAGGUCUUUUUCUUAAACAGCUUUGGAGGCAAUUAAUUUUAUUCCCAGAAUAAAUUCAGAAUGUUAACAGUUCAUCACUUGAUAAUGCAGCUAUCUAUAGUUAGAACAAGAAUUACUUUUAAAGAUGAUGUUUAACAUUAAUGUUAUAUGUUUUUAGUAUGCAUCCCCAUAAGAAAAUGAUGCUUCACUGGAAUGUUCAGUAUUUUUCAAUGUUAGUUAAUUCUAUAUAAUUGGCUACUUAUAUAACUGUAUAAAUGGUUUACUUAUAUGAACAGUAGAGUGUGUGAAAAGAUAAUGGACAAUGCCUUGACAAAUAUAGCUGUGGGUCAAAUUACCCUAUUGAUGGAAAUUAUUGCCAUUCUUUACCAUAGGUUUAUCAUUAAUGUUGCAUUGUUCACAUAAAGAGACUGUAUUAAAUAUGAAAAUAGAUUGAGGAUUAUAAUCCUUUGGAUCCCCUUAAAAGAAUGGUAUGAUUCAACUAUAUGGUAAGAAAAUAGCUGCAUAUAAUCAUCUUGGAUGAUGGGAUGUGGUGAUUCAAUGAAAUAGGAAGCAUACACAUUUAGAUAUGCACAAUGAGGUGCGUCACAUCUCUGACAGGUAAAAAUGGGAUGUUUUAUUCCAAAGUACUUUUCAUUGAAACAAAAUCAACAAAAAAACCCCUCUUUGUUAGUUCAUAAUCAAUUGCUAACAAAAACAUUCCAACCUAAAAGGAGAAAUCUGGGCCCUUUUGAAUUUCAUAAAUGUAAGUUCUUGCCUUGUGCCAACUUUCAGAAGAGAGGUUGCAUG